AUGAUUUUAAUUAGUGUUGGCCAACCUAAAUCAUUGUCAAUUCUCUUCGAUUUUUCUUUAAGUGGCAAUGCUCAAGUAAGCAGAAGUGACUACACUGUACCGGAAAUACAUGGUUCGUGUGAACCCAAUGAAAUAUAUAAUCCAUUUGAAGAAAAAUGCGUCGUUCUAUCAUGUGCCGAAGGUAUGAUUUUCAUUGACGAUGAAUGCCGUCCCCUAAAGGCAGAGAAAAAUUUGAACACAUGUGAAACCUCUUCUUUGAUCGUUGAUUACAUCACAUCUGACAAUACGACGUCCGGAAUACAGUGUCUUGAAGAAACUUUAGAUAUACAUGACCUAGACUUUACAAAUAUGAAUGUUUCUCAAUGCAAUGGAGGCAAUUGUUUCCACAUGAAUCUGCAGAUCUUGGACGUAAAUUCCUCUCUACCCGAAGAUUUAAAUAAAUUGUUUUAUAGGUCAUUUCUUGAGAAAGACUUAUUGGGUAGUCUGUGCAAUAUUUCCUCUAUAGAUGUGGUACACUUGUGCCGCAAUGUUCCUCGUGACACGUGCAAUUCUACCAUCAAUGAAGGUAAGGUUGCAAGUUCAUUAAAAUCGAUCUCUGGAUCAUAUGACAUUGAUUGGAGGUAUGGAUUCUGGUAUGACACAGAUAGACAGAUUUACAUCACGUCAUCAAAUGUCCGUACAUGUAAUUCCAACGUUAAUACAAAUCUGAAAUGCCCAUUCGUUAUAUACCCAUCUAAUGAAUUCCGCGAGCAUAGUAACAAAGCAGACCAUAUAGUCCAUAAUGUUUCUGGGAACAUUUAUGGCCCAGCUGAAUUUGAGAACUUGAACAAUGGAAGCAUUUUGGUGUGUCCCGAUCUGAACCCUACACCCGAAGCUGUUAAUAGCACGAACCCUGGUAGCGCAAACAUGCAGAGCAUGUUAACUGUAGUAGGUACAGUUCUCUCGCUAGUAGCAUUAUUUUUAACGUUUAUGUGUUAUUGUUACUUUAGAACCCUACGGACACUGCCCGGUAAAUCCGUUAUGAACCUUGUCAUCGCGUUGUUUUUCUCAAUGUUUAUUUUUAUUGUCGGAUCUGCUCAAACACAACAUGUCACUCUAUGUACCAUUGUUGCUGUCUUGCUACAUUUCUUUUGGCUUGCAUCUUUCUUCUGGAUGAACGUUCUCGCAUUCGAUGUCCGUCGAACGUUUAACUAUAAUUGUAAUUUACCAAAUGCACAUCGCAAUCGUAGAACCCUGAUCGUGUAUGGUCUGUACGCGUGGGGGUCUCCAGCUAUCAUUGUUGGUACGUGCCUAGCUAUCAUAGGCCUAUAUUCACCAGUAGAAAUUGGUGUGUAUUAUGGCAACAGCGAAGUCUGUUUUCUUGGUAAUAAUACUGUGAAUCUCAUAGCUUUCGGAGGUCCAGUUGGCCUAACCUUAUCUUGGAAUGCGAUUUUCUUCAUUUUGACCGUAUCUUCGAUUAGGAAAACCAAGCAAGUAACGAAAGCAGUUCAGAAAAACAAAACGAAAACGAAAUCAAGGCUGACAGAACUGCUGAUAUAUAUUAAGCUAUCAACGCUGAUGGGUAUGUCUUGGAUACUCGGAUUCGUCGCAACAAUUACAAACUCUGUUGUCAUCUGGUACAUAUUCAUCGUCCUAAAUUCGUUACAAGGAGUCUUUGUUUUUAUAUUUUUCGUGUGCAAUCACCGGGUUUAUAAACUCAUUAGAAAGGGGAACGGUGAGCCUUCUUCAAAGACUAGAUCAACUGAUGCGAAACCUGGGCGACCAGACUACAGUGAUGUAAAGAAAAUGAGUACAACUUCAAAGUGACUGGUACAGUGUUCUUAUAAUACAUAGUACAGUAUAGUAUUAUAGUAUAAUACAUUCAACAUAGUAUUAUAUAGAACAUUAUUCAUUUACUGUACAUUAAUGUCUAAUUAAAAGAAAUAAUUUAAAUUCCGCUUGCAAUGAGUGAAUUUCAGAAUAAUUAAUAACAGAGUUAUGAUUUCAUACGGUAGUAUGACUCAGUUGAAUUAGUUGAGUUAACAAACUUCUAAUAGGCUGAUAAUUAAAACAAAACAAAAGAAAGUAACACUAGGAUAAAGCGUUUGUAUUAAUAGGCCUAGAUGUACGUAUUUAAAUAAAUAUGAUUAGCUCUCAAUGACAAACCAGGUCAUAGUAUAUGCUGUAUAAAUGGAGUGCUAAUUGGAUUCUAUUUCGGUGUAAUUAGGCCUCCUAUUUAAUGACGACGAAUGUGGCAAUUAAUGUAAAGCUGGUAAUACAACUGCGUAGCUUUAAAAAAAAAAGAAGUCUUUCAUCACUUAGGCCUACCGUACAUCCAAGUUCUGAUUAGACCACCGCUAUUUUUGUAUUUAUUAACAUUUAUUUAUUUAUAUAUCCAUAUUUAUUUUACAAUGUAUUACAAAUUAACCCGUAGUUUCGGUAUAAAACCACAAUUGAUAAUGCCAACUGAAAAUGAACACCUUACGAGUAAGUUGUAUGUUAUUUCCAGUAUUUAAUAUUGUUUAAUCAUUGAGAAAAUAGAACAGUUUUCUCUAUGGUUUAAUCGUACUGUACGUACACUAUAUUUUGAAUAUAGAGUUAGUUAUACAAGUAAUAAUGCUUUGACGAUUGACUGUACAAGACAUACGCGAUGCUCAAUAAUGUUAUAUUCGUACUCAUACAUAUUACUUCUAUGGCCCUAUUCAUUCACUUUCUUGCUCCUCUUGACGAGUUCUGCUACCACUUUUCCUCCAACCUUUCCUGUCGAACGUAAAGUUCUUUUGCAAAUUUUUUCGCACGAGGAAGUUCAGUAGGGCUACUCGUUUGUUUAGCUCUCGUCAGCCGUUAGGCCCUAUUAACUUUAUGAUAUGUUAACUUACUAUUGCUUAAGACGAUAGAAUAUCAAAAUAUAAUAGGUUUGCAGUUUGUAUAUUCAUAUGUAUAUCAAAGUAAUGUUACUUAUAGGCCUACCUUCGAUGUUGUGUAUUGAUUUAGUGUUUGGAUGUUAUAUUUCUCCUAAUUUUUCAAAAUAAAUAAUAUGUCACUAUUUACUAAAUUACUAGUAAUUAAUUUCGGAUGACGACCGUGACAGUGAUUAUAAUGAUGGGCCUAAUUGAUGAUGACGAUGAUGAUGGUGAUGAUGACGACGACGUUGUCAAUGAUGAACGUAACGAUGAUAAUUUCGAUUUUUUUACAAAAGGAGGGGAGUUAUUGCGUUGCAAAUUGGGUACUAACGUUUAAGUUAAGGUUAACGUCGUGCGGCGAAAACUACCUAGUUAAAAUGAUGGUCAUAUUGGAGGUAAUCUGUUAUAUUACUAUUAUAUUAGACAUAGAAUGUAAAAAUAUACAUAUAGGUCUACUUUGCUGAAAUGUGAAUGUCUGCAGUCUGUGUUUAUAUCUGUGUAUAUUAAAAUACUUACACUUAAAUU